GUGCACGAUUUCCCAGACUUCUUGUCUGGCGAGUACCGUAAUUCCAGUCAGCACAUUACCAUCACGUUAACUACACAGCUGAAGCGAAAAAGUGGUCAGACACAGCCUAACUAUUCCCCACGGCAGAUUGACGAUGCUGUUAAAAGGUCAUUGUUUGAGGAGCAGCUGUCGAGAAAACCAACCUUUUCUCUGCUAUUGGAGAAUCCAAGCAAUGCUCCACAGACAACAGCACCAAUUCCCAAUCGCAAGCCACGCUUCUGCAAGCUUAGCACAAGCAUCGAUGAGACCUGGUUCCGCCCGGUGAAGCGUUCACAGAAUGCCCCACUACGCUCAUUGUCCCUCGGCAUGAGCAACAGCAUUGAUGAAAGACAGAUGAGCAAGCUAAGGCUGCGUGAGAGUGGGAGUGACAUGCACAAUGUUCCCCACACUCAUAAUAUGCUUGGUCACCGCCACAUGCCACAGAACUCUGUUUUGGAGGAAUUCAAGAAUACACUUUCUGCUGAUUCAAGCCACUCACUACAGUCAGCUACUGGAUCACUGUCAUUUGACAACCACUCACAUUCCUCUCUGAAGAAUGCCAGUGAAACUGUAAAUGUAGCUUCUGAAUCAUCAGAACAAGAUGUAAGGCCGGAUUGCUUGGACUUUGACAGUGGAAAGCAGCCAGAUCGUGGUUCAUUGCAGGGUAACUAUGCAAGAUCUCAUUAUGCGAUUAUUCACUCGGAUGCUAGUUGGUGUGAAGCCACGGCUGCAGAAGGAAGUACUGUCAACAGAAAGACGGAGCUGCAUCUGUAUAUUCUCGAAAAAACUUCACCGAUGCUGCUAGCUAUUCGCAGUGCCUGGCAGCGAUAUCAAAUUGUUGCUUCACUUGCGAUGGACAAGAGUGCCGCUAUACAGCCCAGAAAGACUAGCCAGCUUACAAGUGAACAGAUGGGCACCCUCUACUGGCAGCUUCAUGGGGAAAUCAUGCGUCCCAACAACAGCUUGCGCGAGACAUACAGCCUCGUUUCUGAGCUUCGCGCAGCUGCACAGAGGUACUUUGUCAUCAGGAAGCUGUUUUGGAAAUCUGCAGAGCUGCUGUGGUACUUUAUAAAUCACCUGCAUCGUCAUCUGGUGGUGCAGCCUGUAACCUCAGAUUAUCUGGAUGAACUAGAUCUGGCUGUUUUGUGUUUGGAGACAAUCACUUUGAUGAUGACAGAUACAGACAUGGUAGCAAACAAACUAAACAUAUUCAGAGAAAAUAGGGGUAAGUGCACUGUUGACUUGUUACAUGUCUUAAUCAACAUCCAUACGAUUGUGAGGCCAGAUGCAGAAUCAAGUGACACCGAGGCAUACAAAAUGCAAGAGGAACUGAUGGUGGCAGCUGUGGCCCUCCUGUAUGAACUGUUUCAAAUGGGUCGUCAGAUCAGCUGGUUACCAACAGGGAGUGGCACCAGCAAAUUCAACAUAGCUUGGCUGGUGAACAAGCUUGCGAUUCAGUCCUCGCUGGAGCAGUUUGUGAGCCUGCAGUGUGCACAAAUGUUCCAAGUGCUCCAGGCAAUUCGUGGGCGAGCACUGAAUGCGGUGGAGACCGUCCAACUCCUUCACCAUUUUUCUCUACUUUGUGAUAUCAUGGACAACAGUCCCAAGCUGAGGACCCUUGUUAUUCAUCAGUACUCGGUUGACUUCAGGUAUUACGUGAAUCCGAGGCUACUGUGGGACAGCUCACUGCACAACUAUGCCAUCUUACCACACCUGCUUCACCUAGUGGAGAAAGCCAUUGGGCAUGUUGACUCGAAGUGACGUAUGUCUGUGUCCCAAAUGCAAGGGCUGAUUGACAUGAAAGUCAUGCCAUGAACCACAAGUUUACUACUUACAGCAAGUUCGAUUAGCUCACCAUGACUGGUCUCGUAAGACAAAACAUUUUGCAUUGCUGAUUUAAGGUUUUAAAACCCGUCGAGGUCAAUUUAUUCGUCAUUUUAAGUCAUAUGAAAAUGUCGAUUGAUUUUGCUGUUAUGAAUUCUUCCUCUCUCUAGGACAUGCAUUACCUGUACAGAAUGGGUAUAAACUUGAAGUCAAGUUAAAGGGUAGCUGAAUUCUAUGUAACGUAAGGAAUAGGAUUAGUGUCGGGAGCAUAAUCUAAAUUGCUACCUUCUCCACACUUCAUCUUCCUAUUACAGGAUGAUAGUAAGAGAAGCUAUCGUUCUUGUGAAAAUGGAGGUCUGUCAUGUCUGUGGUCAAAAGGCACAUAUAAAUGCGGCCAUAUAUUCAGCUAAAUCAGGUCAAAAUUAUACUGUAUGCAAAAUUUCUCGUUUCAGGAUUCAAGGGGAAUAUUUUUUUUAAUUGUUAGAGAAUCCUAGAGUAUUACUCCUCUUUAAUGUUACAUAUCAAGCAGAACGUGUGACUGACCUGGAGACCUUGUGAAAUGCAUGUUGUCUUCGUAGUGAGUGUGACUGUGGAGCAGAAACGACCCUUACAAACGGGAUUUAAGUGGGGGGAAAAAUGGGGAAAGGGUUCAAAUUAGUCAAGGCAUAUACCUGUGUUAAAUGUAAAGGUCUACAAGCUCAACAUUAAAACUGUUUCUUUGUAUUUAACGACCUAAAAUGAUUAACCAUAGAUGUAUUUAUGAAUAGCUGUUAUUGUUACAUCGCAGAUUUGAACGUAAAACGAGUGUUAUAGUUUUAAGAUCACGGGCAGAUGACUAUACCUACUGGUAAAAUAAAUUGUUUUAGGGUUUGGUUCAUUUUAAUGUUGAUUGAUGCUGCAUAUAGGUCGGGUUAACUCUUUUCACUUCGAAAUUGUGCAUAGUGAUGCAAUGAAGUGUAACAUGCGCUUUCAUACACGUUAUUACAGUGUUUUUGAUCAGUCACGUAUAGUCGUAGUGUAUGUGUAAAAAGCCGCACAACGUACCUCCCUAGCGCAACUGCAUGCGUUGUGCUAGGGCGUGUCCAAACGCACACGGCGCACUUGCCUAACGCACAAGGCACACGUAAUUUUUGUUGUACAUGUGUAACACAGUAAAUGGUGCACCAGGUUUGAUGUGCAAAAAGAAGAGCCAGUAAUUUUCAAGUUGUGACGUCAUAUUGGGGGACUUUACGUGCAAUCAAAUGUAUUGUCGUAUUGUAAUGUCUUUGUUAAUUGUUAUCUGUGAUAUUUUUGGUAAAGAUACUGAUAGAAAUUAUUUCGUUUUCAUGCAAUGAUUUCAUAACGCUUCCAAGCAUAGACAUAUAGCCAGGAGUAAAUUAAUAGAGAUCAUCUUUAUUAAUGCACUCAUGUCAGUCAACUAUGUAGCUCUGGUGUUUUCUUUUAUAUGAUAAGCCGUUAACUGGAAAUUAAUAAUGAAAAUAUUAUAUUAUUGGCAACACUCACAAGAUGUAGGUGUACACGUACUGUCCACAACCGUUAAAUUUGUAACAGAUCUCUAAUUAUCCUAUAUUUUCAGAUAAUUUGAUAUACUAAUAUCCGAUUUGCAUCUAUCAUACCUAAGUAAGUGUUCAUCAAAAAACGCUAUGCUUUCGGUAUGUGGUCACUCUGAAGAAAGUGCUAGAUUUUAUGCAGUGAAUUGUUCCAAACUUUCAAUAGUAGGUAGGCCUAUGUGUUAUCAGGGGAGGAUGAACGGUAAUUAAAUGAUAAUUUUGUCCUCUCUUUGUCGAUCCCACCAUGGCUAUUAGGUUAUAGCAACCUGGUAUACCAUUUUAUGGCAUUUAUAGUGAAGCAUUUCUAUUGCUGCACGAACUGAAAUAAACGAGUUUGGUGGACGAAUCUAGUUUGUUCUCCUAAUAAGUACUAAGUAUUUUGGCGAGGUGAAACUUUAACAAAGUGCAUAUUAUGUGCCUGUCGCAAAGCAAUCUUAUCGGGAGCUCAAAGCAACUAUAUACAGCUGGAAUCCGAAUACAGUGUACGUCUUAUUAUUCACCAUGGUGCUUUUUCAUAUCACGGCUGCACGAAUGGCGUUGUGUCGCAAGAUGUAUUCAAAGCAACAUAAAAUAAAAUGUAAUGUACUGUUCGUA